GGCCCUUCUUGCCUCCCACCACAUCGCACAUUUCGGAACCUACUGACGAUGCCCGUCCACCUGAAAGGCUCGUGCCACUGCGGCGCGGUGCGCUUCGCCGUCGACAGCAGCAGCGCUGUGCCGUACCAGCUCUGUGUGUGCUCGAUCUGCCGCAAGGUCGGCGGCUACGGCGGGUCGGUGAACCUCGGCGGGCACAACGCCACGCUGCAGAUCGAGCAGGGGAAGGAGGACAUCCGGGUGUACAGGGCGGUGAUGGACCGCGAUACGCCGGAGGAGCGCACCGCGACGUCCGAGCGCAGCUUCUGCGGGAGGUGCUCGAGCAUGCUGUGGCUUUGGUCGCCGGAAUGGCCGGACCUCAUCCACCCGUUUGCGUCCGCGAUCGACGACCCGGAGCUGGUUGUCCCCGAGCGCAUGGCGGUGGCGUGCGCGGCGGGGAAGCCCGCGUAUGUGCGCCUUCCGGAGGGCCCGAAGGACGUGUACGACGUGUAUGGGCCGGAGAGUUUGGAGAGCUGGCACAAGAAGGAGGGGCUCUGGGUCGAGUGA